UAUCACUGGAUCGAAAUGCGCACCAAGAUGCGGAUCAUGGGCUUCCGGGGCGCCGUCAUCAAGCCGCUGAACGAGGAGGUGGCGGCCGAGCUGGGGGCGGAACUGCUGGGCGAAGCCAUCGUCUUUGGGGUGGGGGGGCUGUGCAUCUUCCUGGAGUACGCCCGCCAGAGCGCCAACUCCAAGAAGAAGGAAGAGGAGCUGAGCGGCACCCUCCUGGGCCUCCAGGAGCAGCUGGCAGAGCUGACCUUGACUGUGGAAACUCUGGAGGCGCAGAUGCGCGAGGUCAACCGGGCACUCGUGGCCGUCUCCGCCUCCCCCAAGAAAUGACUGCGGCCCGCCAGGGGAGACCCCGCUUCCUGGACCUGGGGUCUCGGGCGUGAUGGGAGGAGAGCCUCUCCCCGCC